UUGUCCUGUCAGAGGUGAUACUGAACGCACCAUUAUUUCUUUCAUAUUGCUGCAAACUGCUGCACAUCCAGUACGCUUUGUGCCAACGUGUCUGAGCCUUAAUAACUAAAAUGAGUGAUCCAGGUAACGAUCUACACCGCAGGCUGCAGAAGCUGCAGAGUCGUUUCACCUGGGAUCUGAAGAAGGAAGACUUGGAGUUGGACGACCUUAGCAAGCAGCUGCAGCAUGAUAUAGACCUGCAACUGGGGCAGCGGGGCGCCCUGGCCCACUCCUACAGGUUCCUGUCUUAUGUGAGGUAUCUUCAGGGUAAACCAGAGGAGGCGCUGUCGCUACUCACUGAGUCAGAGGAGAAGACGAGGGAGUGUUACGGACAGGAGAGCGAGCUGCGGCUCAUUGUGACGUACGGAGACCUGGCUUGGCUGAAAUACCACACCGAAGACUACGUACAGUCCCAGACUUACUGUCAGAGAGUCGAGGAUAUACUGGUGAACCAUCCGCCUGAUCCUUCCACUGACCUCCAUCCAGAAGUGUACGGGGAGAAGGGCUGGACCUUUCUUAAGUUCUCCAGUUCUUACUAUACCAAAGCUGAAGAAUGCUUCUGCAAAGCUUUGGAGCUGCAGCCUGAUGACUGGGAGUGGAACACUGGCUAUGCUAUCGUCCUCUAUCGCACAGAACAGAAUGUUAAUGAUUGGUAUCCCGAGGAAUCACCAGCCACUAAACGGCUUCGUCAAGCCCUGGAAAUAAAUCCGGAUGAUGGCGUUUUGAUGUCCAUGCUGGCUCUGAAGCUGGUCCACGACACGAACAAACACACAGAGGCUAAAGGUUUGGUGAAGAAGGCCCUGGAAGUCGGACAGGACAACACUCAAGUCACCCGCUACGUAGCAAAAUAUCUCCGCAACCAGGAUCAGGUGGAUGAGUCUAUCGAUCUGCUGAAGAGUAUGCUGGAGAAGAAAAGCCAGUCAUCUUUCAUUCAUCACCAGCUUGCUCUGUGUUAUGAGAAGAAGAAGAAUAAGCUGCUUGGGAAAAGAGUCCGACCAGAGUCAGAGGUGCAGCAUUGGACACGUCUUUGUAUUCAGCAUCUGGAGGAAUCAGUGAGGCUCAAGAAUGGUUUCAAUGCUGCAAAAGCUCUGCUGGCUCUGCAGUACGCACAGAACUUUGAAAGAAGGAGAGCUCAGCAGAUGUUUGAUGAUGUGCUGCAGACAUUAGAGGAUGAACCUCCAGGCAUCCGUCAGUACAUCUACCGGUAUUAUGGAGAGUUCUGCUACUAUCACACCCCUCAGAAAGACCUCGGACUCACCUAUUACAAAAAGGCUCUGGAGUUCUGCAUCAACACAUCACAUUGGAAGCACUGUGUGAAGAAACUGACGACGAUAGCUGAGGGACGCCUCGAAAAGAAUCCCAGAGACGCCGCAUCCUAUGGCAUCCUGGGAGCAGUGGCCAGAGCUGAGGGCAAUCGGAGCAGGGCUGUGAGAAAUUAUGAGCGCGCUCUGGAAUUAGACGCCAACAAUGACGAGUAUCUGUCAGCCUUGUGGGAGCUGCGCCUGGAUCUGACCGCACACAGGGAAGAGAAAGACCGCCCGGAGGAGAAGCUUCCAGAGGUCGUGUGAAAAAGUUUGUACCAGGACGGCCACCGUUUGAACGAGGUUCCAGAACCACAGCUCAGAAAUGCUCGGCUACGUCACAUCACACCUGGGAACCGCUACAUCGAUCACUACGGCCGUCUCCUUCUGUUUGUCUACCACCACUAUGUCCGGUUGGUUAGCCACCACCUGUUUGUCCGUCUGUAUCUGCAAG